UACCUCCUCGAGCAGUUCAUGAAAGAUGAAGUCAAUGAUCGAACAGACAAAUAUGGUGGGAGCUUAGAAAACCGUUGCCGCUUCCCUCUUGAAAUAGUUGAGGCAAUCAGUGAUGAGAUUGGAGCUGAUAAAGUUGGAAUUAAGCUCUCACCUUUCUCUGAUUAUAUGGAGUCAGGAGACUCAAACCCUGAAGCUCUUGGCCUUUACAUGGCUGAAUCCCUUAACAAGUAUGGGAUACUCUACAGCCACAUGAUUGAGCCAAGGAUAAGUAAAGACAUACAGAAGCCUAAAUGGAGUCUUCUACCCAUGAGGAAGGCUUUCAAUGGUACUUUCAUCAUCGCUGGGGGCUAUGGUAGGGAAGAAGGCAACGAAGCCAUUUCCAAAAACCAUGCAGAUCUUGUGGCUUAUGGCCGAUGGUUUUUGGCUAAUCCGGAUUUGCCUAAGAGGUUUGAGCUUGAUGCUCCUCUUAACAAGUACAAUAGAGAGACCUUUUACAUAUCUGAUCCUGUUCUUGGAUAUACUGACUAUCCAUUUCUCAAAUCUGCAACUUAAAUUUCGUUUAUGUCAAAGGAGGAACUGCUAUCUUCAAAACCAAAGCUCUGAUUUCCCCUGUUUAGCUUUAAAAUAUU